CGCACGGCUCUCGCUUGUUUCCAGACACGUGUUCGGAUUUCUUUCGGGACAAGAACAAGCGAAAGAACAAACGACUUUGUUUGUUUCCAGGCCAGCACUGUCCGUGUGAGAAAGGAAUCUUAGAACAGCAGAGCAUACACUUCGGGGAAAGAAGAGUUUCACACAGAGCAAUGGCCUUAGCUAAAGAGGAUGACAUGGAUGGAAGACUGGCACACAUUAAGCAAGAGGACUGUGAAUGGGGUGCAUGUGAGGAUUUGUGGGGGAAGUCAAAGGAUUGUGAAGACGUCAUUUCCGAUUUUAAAGAGGAGGAGGAGUUUGAGGGGGAAAUUAUUCAGGUUAAAGUUGAGGAGUCCGAAGAUUUUUCAGUCAGUCUUGAACUGCAAGAACAUUCCAGGCAAGAUGCGUAUGAAGAAUCUCAUUCCAGUUUACAGCCCCGCUUUGCUAGUACAGGACAACUGUUAACCAGACAGAAUUUAAUGGUCCGGAUGUCCAAGUGUUCGCAGUUUGAAGAGGAAAUCACAGAUGGAAAUGGGAGAGACGAUGAAGAGCAGCAGUCAUCUAGCAGUGUGAAAAUAAGUUUCCAGGAGAAUGGCAGCUUCUCCCCACCUACAUUUUCUAAGACUUCUCUUCAGUGUAGACUGCCAGUAAAACAGGACAAGAAGAAGAAGAAGGACAAGAAAUCAGUAAGUGGACCAAAGAGUUUGACCACGGCCUCUUUCCACUGCAGUUCUCUUCCUGCUGCCGAGCAAGCACAGAUAAGACCCAUCAACAGUGACCAACAUCAAAUGCAUAAUACAAAUCAAGGCGCUCAGAAUGUAUACAGAGAGUCGAGAAAACAUUUCAUAAACCCUCCUGACUGUAAAGAUCAUAAGCAGGUUUAUUUGAAACAGAAGCCAUGUGCCUAUUCCGAAUGUGGCAAAAUACUGCAACACAGCCAAAAUCUUCACGAUAUCAAAAUAAUUCACAUUGCAGAGAAAACUCAUUGCUGUUCAGAAUGUGGCAAACAUUUCUCAAGACUAAGCCAUCUGCAUAGGCACAGAAGAACCCACACUGGAGAAAGACCUUAUUGCUGUUCUACGUGUGGCAAGCGAUUCUGCUACAGCAACGCUCUUCAGAGGCACACAAGAAUCCACACAGGAGAGAAACCUUAUUGCUGUUCUGAAUGUGGCAAGCGAUUUUCCGACAGAAGCGAUCUUCAGAAUCACACAAGAAUUCAUACUGGAGAGAAGCCAUAUCACUGCACUGAAUGUGACAAAAAAUUCACUAAUAGUAGCAAUCUUAACAAGCACAAACAAAUUCACAGUGGGGAAAAACCUUAUUCCUGUUCUGAAUGUGGUAAACGAUUCUCCAGCAACAGCAAUCUUCAGAAGCAUACGAGAAUCCACACUGGAGAAAAACCUUAUCGGUGUUCUGAAUGCGGCAAGCAGUUCUCACAAGUCAGCCAUCUGAAUAGGCACAAACGGACCCACACGGGGGAAAAACCUUAUUGCUGUGGUAAAUGUGGCAAAAGAUUCUCUAACAGUAGCGCUCUUCAGGGACACAAGAGAAUCCACACUGGAGAUGAGCCAGAUGUGGAAUAAAACUUAGAUUGUGCCAGUGGUGCUGGGAAUCUACAGGCCUUAUCCAAAAAAAAAAAAAAUUCCAAGACCGUCUGGAUGCCUUACCCAUCACCAUCACUCCAUAUGACUUACAGGAGGAAGCACAAUUACGGACAAUGCAAGUGCUACGUCGAGCUCUGGCAGCAAACCUAAGAGGAUAAAAACAUUAGCAGUGCAAAAAUCAUUCUAGGAAAACGAAUAAACUUCAGGACACAAGAGUGAGGUUCACUCCUGUCCGGAAAAAGUAACGAAACUAAAAUCGUUGUUGAGAAAAUUAAUCUGAGAGAAAAACGUAAUUGCUUCUUUGAACGUGGGAAUUGGUUCUCCAACAGAAGCACUCUUCAAAAGCACACGGACAUUCAUACUGGAGGGAAGCCAUAUCACUGCUCUAAACAAUUCACAAAGAGUAGCAAUCUUCUCAAAUUCACACUGAAAAUAAUAAAAUGAAAUAAAAGUUAGGGGCAAGCUUCUAAUAAUGGCUGAACAGGACCGUUGGCUGCACGCACAAGCAAAUGCUAGAUAAGAGUAGGAAAAACAGGAUGGAGACAGGAUGGAAACAAGUCACUAAUCUGAUUGCUGGAUGCGAGGUCCCGAUGGAGGAAAGGCUCAAACAUGCAAUGAUACAAUAAAGUUGCCAGACCAACGCAUUGGAAAAAUAUACAAAAAGUACACCUUGCCAGUACCACAGAUGCAUUGGGAACCACACUGCAGAACGAAUAACCGAAAACGAGGAGGUGUUGGUCACUUGGGACAGACCAAUACCAGUGGACAGAAAGAGAGAUGAAAGGAAACCAGACAUAGCUGUGAAAGAAAAAAAGUCGAGCAAUUAGAGUGCUCAGAAUGGAAAGACCAAAAAAUAAUAACCAAAUGUCUAGAAAUGUAAUUGGAGGAUGAGCCAGAUGUGGAAUAAAACUACCGAGAUUGUGCCAGUGGUGCUGCGGUGGUGAACAGGCCUUAUCAAAGCAAUAAACGAAGGAAGAAUUCUGAAAGAGCGUUUGAGGAUUUUCAAGUACACAAUAAAGAAACAACAUGGGUAACCAAACUACAGACAGAAACAGAAAUCAUCCAACCACAAGAAAGUUCCGGAGUGAGGUGAGAAACACACUGAGGACCGGAAGGCUCCCGAUGGUCCCGGCCCCACCUCAACCCUCUGGUAAAGCACCAGUCAUUCUUGUAUUAUGGUCAAGCCAGAGUUCCUUGCUUGGCUCCUGUUUAAUGUACUUCAUUAGGAUUUGUUUUUUUAAAAUGGUUUUCCUUUAUAGAUACGCUCACCGGCCACUUUAUUAGGUACACCUGCUUGUUAACAUUAGUAUCCAAUCAGCCAAUCACAUGGCAGCAACGUAGUCAAGACAGCAUCAGAAUGGGGAA